AUGAUCCCUGCCAGGGGGGUGCCACGCUGGGUCCUGCCCAGCCUCCUCGCUUCCUUUCACUUCAGCUCCCUCGUGGCCCUGAGCGGCCUGUUCUUCUCCUUCCCAUGCAGCUGGCUGGCCGUCCACGUGUCCCUGGCUUUCCCCCUGGUCACGGGCAUCCUUUUCAUCCCAGCCGUGGCCAACCUCCUGCUGGCCAGCUUCACGGACCCCGGGAUCCUUCACCGAGGGGCCGAGGGCCGGGCCGGGUUAGUGAUCCAGGCGCUUCGUGUCAAGGAGAGACGCUUCGAUCUGCACUGGUGCCAGAAGUGCCAGUACUACUGCCCGCCACGGACCUUCCACUGCCCCUGGUGCAACGUCUGUGUGGAGGAGUUCGACCACCACUGUAAGUGGCUGAACAACUGCAUUGGCUGCCGCAACUUCCGCUUCUUCUUCCUGUUCGUGGCCUUCCUGUGCGGCUACAACGUGGUGGUUCUGGCUUCCUGCAUCACCUACCUGGUGCUCAACUCCCACCAGGCCUAUGGCGCCGAGAAGAUCUGUGCGUAUCCUUGGAGAGACGAGCCAGGGCGUCCCGCUGCCACGGGUCCCUGAGCACCCAGCCCUGGGCGUCCCCCUGCCACAGGUCCCUGAGCACCCAGCCCUGGGCGCGCAGCUGGCACAGAGCACCCACCCCUGGGCGCG